AUGCCAUACUUUCAGCAACUGUCAUCAUCUGUAUCGUCUGGGGCAGGCUUUGACACUCAUUACUACCAGAGCUUGUUGAGAGGCAGAGGACUUCUCUUUGCUGAUCAGCAAUUGAUGGCUAAUGAGAGGACAGCCAGAUUGGUGAGAGCUUAUGCUUCAGACGAUGGAUCAACCUUCCGGAUGGACUUUGCCCGGGCAAUGAUGAAGAUGUCUAACCUUAAUGCACUCACUGGAUCUCAAGGUCAGGUCCGAUUAGAAUGCACUCUGCCAGUCUCUAGCUAG